AUGAUAAAUAUUGGGUUAAAGCGAUUUCCAAAAGCUUUGGAGUGUCUUCAUAAUGUUGUUACUGCACCAAUGUCAACAAUUAAUGCGAUAGCUAUAGAAGCAUACAAAAAAUAUAUUCUUGUUGCGCUUAUUCAUCUUGGGCAGAUUCCUUCCCUUCCAAAAUAUACCGCAUCAACUGUGCUAAGGAGUCUGAAAAGCUAUGCUCAGCAUUUGACAGAAGUUUCAUCUGGAUUCAUGUUCUUCCUUUGGCAUCCAUAUGUUGGUUUGGCUAGUUCGUAUGCAACAGGCAAAUUUUCAGAGCUAGAAGCAUUUAUCCAGACUAAUGUGGAGAAGUUCCAAACUGACAAUAAUCUUGGAUUAGUUAAACAAGUUCUUUCAUCUUUGUACAAGCGCAAUAUCCAGAGGUUGACUCAAACUUACCUAACUUUGUCACUUCAAGAUAUAGCCAAUGCGGUUCACCUAAACACCUCAAAAGAAGCUGAAAUGCAAGUGCUUCAAAUGAUUCAAGAUGGGGAUAUAUUUGCAACAAUUAAUCAGAAGGACGGUAUGGUCAGUUUUCAUGAGGAUCCAGAGCAAUACAAAACUUGUGAGAUGAUUGACCAAAUUGAUUCAUCAAUUCAAAGGUAAGGAAACAGCUUCUUAAUGAUCAAGGUGUUAGUGGGACAUCAGAAAAAGU